AUGUCCUUCGUGGAGCUGCUGUCCCGCCUGGGUGGCAUGGGCCGCUUCCAGGUGACCUACGUGGCCGCGCUGGCCGUCCCGCUGCUCAUGCUGGCCAGCCACAACCUCCUGCAGAACUUCACCGCCGGCAUCCCCGAGCACCACUGCCGGCCCCGGCCCGUGGCCAACGCCACCGCGGCCGACGUCCCCCUGGUCGUGUCCAUCCCCUGGGACAGCCACCGCCGGCCCCAGAGCUGCCGCCGCUACGUGGAGCCCCAGUGGCACCUCUUGGACACCAACGGCUCGGCCAACGGCACGGCCACCGAGGCGGCCACCGAGCCGUGCCAUGACGGCUGGAUGUACCUGGAUGGCAUCUUCACCGACACCAUCGUCACUGAGUGGGACCUGGUGUGUGACUCCAAGAAGAUGAGGCAGGUGGCCCAGUCCAUCUACAUGGCCGGGAUCCUGCUGGGCUCCAGCCUCUUCGGGAUCCUCUCCGACAACCCCCCGGGAGCCCUCCCCGGGGCGGAUCCCGCAGAUCCCGGGGCUCUCCCUCCGCAGGCGCUGCGGGCUCUGGUGCGCCGGGAGCCGCCGCUGCCGGGCGGGGCCGUGGCCGCGCUCGUCCGGACCCCCGGCAUGAGGACGGUGUCGUGCGGGGUCUCCUUCGUCUGGUUCUCCACCAGCUUCGCCUACUACGGGCUGGCCAUGGACCUGCAGGGCUUCGGCUUCAACGUGUACCUGAGCCAGCUGGUGUUCGGCGCCGUGGACAUCCCGGCCAAGCUGCUGUCCGUGCUGGUCAUCUCCUGCCUCGGCCGGCGCCUGGCCCAGGGCGGCUCCCUGGCGCUGGCCGGCCUCUGCAUCCUGGCCAACAUCUUCGUGCCCAGUGGGGGGGGCUGA